AAAGGAGAAACAUUAUAAAUAAAUGUUAAGAGAAGUGUGUUCAUUCAAAUUCUGUUAGCAACUUAACAAAAACUAAUGGGCAUCAUCUCUGAUUCCACCCCUUCUGUUUCCACCGCCACGAAAUGGCUCGGCUUUGUCGCCGCCCUAUGGAUUCAAGCCAUCUCCGGCAACAACUACACAUUCUCAAACUACUCUGACGCUCUCAAAUCCCUCAUGCACCUCACCCAAACAGAACUCAACAAUCUCUCCGUCGCUAAAGAUGUUGGUAAAGCCUUUGGGCUUCUCGCCGGGCUUGCCUCCGACCGUUUACCCACUUGGGCUAUUCUCCUCAUUGGUUCCUUCGAAGGUCUCAUCGGUUACGGCGUUCAAUGGCUUGUUGUUGGUCAAAUCAUUCAACCUCUUCCUUACUGGCAGAUGUGUGUGUUUUUGUGCAUGGGAGGGAAUAGCACAACAUGGAUGAACACUGCAGUUUUAGUGACAUGCAUAAGAAACUUCCGGCGAAACAGAGGACCGGUUUCAGGGAUUCUUAAAGGCUAUGUGGGUUUAAGCACUGCGAUUUUCACUAAUCUUUGUUCUGCACUUUUCUCUGAAGACCCUGCUUUUUUCCUUCUCACGCUAGCUCUUAUCCCUUUCAUUGUUUGUCUCACCGGCGUUUUUUUCCUCCGUGAAGUUCCUGUCCCUAAAACUACCACCGCCGCUGAAGACAGCGAAGAGGGGAAGUACUUUGGUAUCUGUAACGCCGUCGCUGUCGUUUUGGCGGUUUAUUUAUUAGCUUAUGGUUUUGUUCCUAAUCCUAGUACACUUGUGUCAAGGGUUUUUGUUGCCGUUUUGCUUGUUCUUUUGGCGUCGCCGGUGGGGAUCCCGGUUUAUGCUUAUUUGAAAAGUAGUAUUUCGGGUCGGGUCGGAGUUGAUAUUGAGGAUCAACGGGUGAAAGAACCGUUGCUUCAGAAUGAGGAGAAGGAAAGUGAAGCGGUGACGGAGGAGGAGGUGGUGGUGGUUAAGCGACAACCGGUGGUGGGGGAGGAACACACUAUAUUGGAGGUGAUGAAAAGUUUGGAUUUCUGGAUUUUGUUUGUGUCGUUUCUAUGUGGAGUUGGGACGGGUUUGGCGGUGAUGAAUAAUAUGGGUCAAAUCGGGUUGGCACUCGGGUAUACAGAUGUAUCCCUAUUUGUCUCAUUAACUAGCAUAUGGGGCUUUUUUGGAAGGAUCGUAUCUGGUUCUGUUUCCGAACAUUUCAUCAAGAAAUCUGGAACACCUAGACCUCUUUGGAAUGCAAUAUCUCAAAUUCUAAUGGCUGUCGGCUACAUACUAUUAGCCAUGGCUAUGCCCGGUUCACUUUACAUCGGUUCUAUUAUAGUCGGCAUAUGUUACGGAGUGCGCCUUGCUGUUACAGUCCCAACAGCCUCCGAGUUAUUCGGCCUCAAAUACUAUGGUCUCAUCUACAAUAUCCUCAUCCUCAACCUUCCCCUUGGCUCUUUCCUCUUUUCCGGGCUACUUGCCGGCAUACUCUAUGAUAUGGAGGCAACAACAACAGAAGGAGGUGGUAACACGUGCGUUGGAGGUCACUGUUACAGACUAGUCUUUGUAGUCAUGGCUGGUGCAUGUGUUGUUGGAUUCUUCUUAGACAUUCUAUUAUCAAUUAGAACCAAAAAUGUUUACACCAAGAUUUGCAUGAGUAAGAAAUCCAGGAAAUCAUCAGCGUCGUCAAGUAGCUAAUGAACAUGAAUUGGGUGUCCACAAUAUGGUAUAGAACAAUGCUGGGAUUGAUGACAUUUUUGCUCAGUGAUAUCCCAAUUGUAUCCCACAUUAGCAAUUAAAUAGUUCAUUCAAUUUUUGAAAAUAAAGCCGGGUUGUUUUGUUUUUAAUUCCAUUAUGAAAUGUAAGCAUUUUACCGGCGGCCUCUGUUAUUUUAAUGUUUGCAAAUUGCAAAUGGGUUAUAAUAAUUCUUUUCUUUCAAUUUGGAGAGAGAGAAUAGGCUAUUCAAUUUUGUGUUGUAUUUUGGUUUUUAUUCUGCAAGUGUAACUCAAGUGUUGUUUGGCAAGUGACUAGUCUAUAUUGAUGUCAAGAAAGAUUUGUGGAGAAAAAUAUGAAGGAACAGACUUGUAGUGUAAGAGAGCCAACAGGAAUUUAAUGAUGUAAAACGAGCCACGUAACAGAAUUUUGUGGUUUGCUAAAGUUUUUUUAAAGUGGCUUUCUAUCA